AUGGAGAUAGCUACAAAUGACACCAUCAAGUGUCCUUGUGCCAUGUGCCGGAACUAUUUCAGCCUCAAAAGGGAUACUAUAGAGAUGUACUUGUGCAAGCAUGGUUUUAGGGAAGGCUAUGAAACAUGGACGGAGCAUGGGGAGACUCAUAUUGGGCAUGAUGAAGGUGAUAGCAUAGCAAAUGGGGAGGGUUUUGAUGAGGUUGAUCGAAUGGAUCAAAUGCUGAUUGAUCUAGCUGGGGACAAUCCACCUAUAGUAGAUGAGCAACCAACACCAUUUGCCACAACUUUUUAUAGGAUGGUUGAUAGUGCAAGAUCAUGGGCCACUGGUUCUUCUCAUGUUGGCUCGGAAUCGACCAAUGAUGACAAUGCCAUAUAUGGCCAUGAUGAAGACAAUCUCAAUGCCGCAUACAGAGCUGCAUUGGAAACACUGAACCGAACCCAUGCAUGA